GCACUAAGACAUCACAUGAAGUGGACCAUCACUGAGCAGGCUUUUCAAGGCGCCACAAGAAGGUUGGAAGUGACAUUUUAAAGAAGAUUAACGCCUGUAGAGCGGAUCAGGAAGGCAAAAACAAAGGCUGCCAAAAACUGUGAAGAAAGAAAUGAGUUUGAACCCACACACAGGAGACUUGUGACGAAGAGGAACUGAGCUGAAUACAAGAUCCGGAAGUUACAGUUGAUAUUGGAGGAGCUUUGCAUAUCAAGCAGAAUCAAAACCCUUCCGACCACAGAGCCUCGCCAGAACCAUGAAGCUUACCGGGACUAUCCUUAAACUGGAGUACACCCAUUACAGCACAGACAGGGAACAUUUAAACAACAUGAUGCUGAUACCUCUACAAACUGAUACAACAGAUUCACCAGCGUCAGCAGCCGCUUCAUCACUGUCACAGCCUGAUGGAAGUAGGACUCUGUGUUCCAUAUGUGCAGACAGAGCCACAGGUAAACAUUAUGGUGCAUCCAGCUGUGAUGGCUGCAAGGGCUUCUUCAGGAGGAGCAUUCGCAACAACCACAGUUACAGCUGUAGGUUCAACAGGAAAUGUAUUGUGGACAAAGACAAAAGGAACCAGUGUCGUUACUGCAGACUACGGAAGUGUUUCAAGGCUGGAAUGAGAAAGGAAGCCGUUCAGAAUGAGAGAGACUGCACCAACACUCACAGAGCCAAAGGACAGACAGUGGGUACUCUGUCCAUCAGUGUGCUGCUGCAGGCCGAGGCCAGUGUGCAACAGAUCCCAGCGCUGCUCUCACCUAGGAGUCAUGACAUCAACGCCAAGAAGACAGCCUGCGUGGGAGACGUGUUUGAGUCCAUGAAGCAGCAACUCCUCCUGCUGGUGGAGUGGGCAAAACACAUACCAGAGUUCUGCAGUCUCCCGAUAGACGACAGGGUAACCCUGCUACGAACCCACUCUGCAGAACAUCUUAUUCUAGGUGCAGCAAGACGCUCACUGCCUUGCGACAAUCUCAUUCUACUAGGCAAUGACUUUGUGAUCCCCAUGAGUGGUGCAGAGGUUGAGGUGUCCAGAGUGGCUUUCAGAAUCCAAGAGGAGCUGGUCAAACCUCUCAGAGACCUGGACAUCACAGACCAAGAGUUUGCUUGCCUCCGAACUAUUGUCUUCUUCGCUCCAGACUGUCUGGGGCUGGAGAGUCCUCAGGUGGUUCGACAUCUGCGUUUCCAGGCCCACCUUCUGCUUGAAGAGGCAACCUGUGAGCAGCGGGGAAGGUUCGGGGAGCUGCUACUGAUCCUGCCUCCCCUGCAGAGCGUUGCCUGGCAGAUGGUGGAGACUCUCCACUUGGCAAAGCUGCUGGGUGAAGCUAGGAUGGACAGCCUGCUGCUGGAGAUGCUGCUGGGAGAGGGAACCAAAACAGGAGAUGGACUGUGUUCAGGCAAUGAUCAAACUCAAGAGCAGCAUAAUGACCAAAGAGCCUCAUCUAGUAACCUCACCUCUGUGAUCUCUCAUGUUUCAACAUCUCUUGCAAAUACCCUCUCUGCUGCCCACACAGACUGGCACUGAGGUGUACAGACAUGGAGAAGCUGCCAGUGUGCCCACCACAUACCAGAGGCACCUGUCCACACCAAAAAACACCUCAGGAACAUCUCAACUGAACCAAGGACCAGAGAGCUUGAGCCAAAAAACACAGACCAACACAUAAACAAUCAGUUGUAUAUAUAGAAUACCUUACACACAAAUACUGACAAACACAAUUUCCUACCACUUUGAAAAAAGGGUUGUUUUCUUGGACGACAAGAGUAAUUCUGCAAUCAUUCUUCAUUUAAUAAUGCGUCUUUUUUAAUCCAGUUUUCCUCAUUUGUCUGAGAAAGGUCACAUUUUGAAUUCGUUGACCAACAGCAUUCAACAUGUUGCAAGAUGCCACUAAAUCUGGACAGAGUGUAUACGAAAAGCUGCUGGUAUGAGCAAAUAGGUGAACGCUACCCUGAAGUAUAAGGAAGAGAGAAUUUCUUGAAGCUAACAUGUAGUGUGCCUGAAUUCUGCUCUGAGCUCAGGUGCAAGUCCCAGUAUUUGUCAGCAGAGGGCACAAAAAGCCUGUUCUGAAACACAUUUGCUGGCCCUGACAGACAAGACUUCACUCAUGUGGUCAAAUAUUAUCAUGUAAAUGAAUUUUAAAAAUACAUUUCAAAUAACAGUUUCAGGUUUGUAAUCUUGUAACCCCCAAGAAUCAAGACAUUGUAGAGAGGACAGAACCUGAAGUGUUUCCUCCAAGAAUACUUGUUCUGGAAACUGUGUGAUGAACCCUUAAUGUUAUUAUUGAAUGGUCUGAUGUGAUGAGGGAUGAGGGGACCAUACAGAAGCUGAGAAUCACUGCAGUGACUCAGUGGAGCUUGAUGAUGAAAGCAUAGGGCAUCAACCGAAUUAAGCCCUUUUUCCUUGUUCUCGCAACGUUGUUUGUUUUCAUAUCUUAAUUGCCGAAUCCCUAUAAAAACAAAGAAAGAAAUCCAUCCAUUAUUCUCCCCCAAAGCCAUGGGCAACCAAAUUCACAACAGAGGGUAUAAUCUAAACAAAAUAUUGGAUGUAAAUUCCUCCGUUCUAAAGACUGAGAAUUAAGGCUUUCUUUAAAAACAAUACCAAUGCAUCAUAGAAAUUAGGUUAGCAUAAUAGUGACGUGUUCUUUUUCCAUUUGAGGCAGUAUCAAUAUCUGAUGUUGAAAGAAGUUAUAUAAAACAUUAUAUAAUAAAGCUAAUGCAAUUAGAGUAGAAGAAAAGCCUCUUCACCACAGACACCAAACAUCUUCUGAACAUUUACAUUUCCCUGACAGCCUAUAGAGUUUGUACUUGGCUGCACUCUGUUCGGCACAGACAGCACAUGAGCUCAUACACAGCAGUAAGAUUCACUGCAGCGGAGACACAUAAGAAAGAAAGAAACGUGGUUGCAGCACCUUGUGAGGGACAGUAUGGGUAGAUUGGUUAAAAUGCACAGUGAUUUUCAUGUUAAAGCAAAAAAAAAAGCCAAUAAAAUUCUGAAAAUAUUUUCUGAGAAAGUUUA